AUGGACGGCGCUCCCGUAGAGGCUCGAUCUCUAGGGUCCAUCGUCAACCUUGCGUCGAACCCGCCUGCGUAUCCUCGAAACCCUACCCAAAAGCCGCUAGAACCGCUAGUUCUGUACAUCGUCCGCGUGCCUGGCAGCAAAGACGUGUUUCUCUCGCCGCUGAAGCCUCCUACAAAGUCCAGUCUCUCUCCCGAAUCUCUCAAUGCGUCGCUAUAUUUCCUGCAUGUGGCUGGGCCGAGAGACGAAGAGAUCCUGGAGUCUAUCGCACAGGAACGGCAUACCCAGCAACAAGUCAAGAAGCCGAUACGGCAGACAAGUAAAUUUGCGAUCUUGAAUCGCACCCGCAGGAAGCCAGUGCCAGGCGUUGACGCUUAUAACGCUCAGGAUGAAGUGCCACCGCCUCUACCGCCUCGCCCCCAACAGAUAACAGGUCAAGAUGCCGGAACCACGUUUGAAGGGGAGCCGGAAGACCUGGCCUCGGGCAGUAUCACUCCCGUACGCGAACAUUCGCCCGUGUUAGGGCCACCGGGUCUAUGGGAGCCACAGCCUCCGAUUCUGCCGCCUCGUCCGCUGCCAGGUCCACCUAUUACUCUCGACGACUCACGGCGAUGGAGCAGCCAGAUAUCCUCGUCGAUACCUGUUGUAGAGCCUCCCCCGCAGGACUGGCAAACGCAGGCUUCCGGAACCGUCGUGCGGGCGAGCUGGGACGGCGGGGAGCGGGAGCGGCCCUUAUUCCAGCCAGAGUCCGCCACCAGACCCCAGAGCCAUCGGGGCUUUCUACAAUAUCUACCGGACAAUGAAGGCCCCAAACCACCGCUGCCAUUACGACCCAAGAAAAGCCAUGAACGGCCGCAGGAUGCUGUCCCUGCACCUCCUUUUCAUCUGACGCUUAUACGACGCGAUCCGACUCACAGUAGCCAAUGGAACGUUGGCACAAUUGAUAAUAUAGGCAGCUCUCCGGCCGAAGGAACAGCGGACGGAUCUAUAAAAGUGGAAAUCACAACGCCAGGCUAUCAGAAAUUCGCGAUCGAUACAUCUAGAAUGUCGUUUGAAAGCUUGGGGAUUAAACUUCCUGCUGCAGCACGCAGCCUGGACAUUGCACGGCCCCCUUUACACAGCAUGCCACCUAUGCCUCGAGAGGCCGAAGACAUAUCAGAUCCAGGGCUAGAAGCCGGUCCUGUCAAGUUCACCCGUAUCCUCAAACUCUCUCCGCCACCACACUCAUCCCACCAUCGACAUCAGUCCUCCUCUCACAGUGAAAUGUUCAAUCUUUCCUCUCCCAAGGCCGGCAAGUAUCCUCACAAGUGGAACGCACAUUACCACUUCACAUCCAUCUGGAAUGGCCACUGCAACUUUACCACUGCCACCAACGGCAGGACCCUAAAGUGCAAACACACCAUCCCAGGGCCGGCGGGGAGUUCGCCAUCUUCAUCAGCCUCUACGACAGUCGCUGAGAUUCGAUUCAACCUGCCGACACUGCUACCCAGACCCUCCAGCUCCGGCGACCAAAACAGCAGCCCGACCAAGAGCUCCUGGAUUGGAGAACUGGACCUUAGCUUGGCCCGUGAAAGAGCAGGCGGAGGGUUACGCGGAAACAGUGCAAAGCUAGGCAAAUUGAUUAUUGAAGACGAGGGCUUGAAAAUGCUCGAUCUGGUUGUGGCCAGCUGCAUGGGCGUGUUCUGGAAGUAUUAUGAUAGCAUGUAG